GUAUUUGUGUGUGCUUUAUGUAUGCAUAAAAUACACAUCGGUGAUAUCACACACAUGCACUUAGCCAGUGUUACGCAAACUCAAGGUUGGGGCCCAAAAUGGUUUUUAUUGGGUCAACGAUUGACAAAAUAAAGCUAUUUUUCAGAGUUGACUUGUAGUAAUACAUUCAGCUAGUUGUGUAUUAUUUCUGUGAUGGCAUAUUUAAUGGAAUGUCUGGAGAGGCACACUUACAAAUUGGGUUUUGAGGUGAAAAAAUUUAAGGAAAUUUGUUUUUUAUGGCCACGCCAUUUCUGUUUGUUCUGCUAAAUCACACCAAAAUAUGUUGUUGUUGUUCAGAAAAAGAAUUGGCUUCGCUGGACUAUGUGAGAAAACUUGUUUUUGACUGGUAGAAUUGAGUCAACAUGCUUAAAUUUGUUUUGAUAACAAAUGACACAUUGAUUCUUUACGCACUCUCCCAUUCAUUUUAUAAGCAAAGCUUUCAAACAGUAAUUUUCCGUAUCUAUGAAUCAGUAUAUUGAACCAUUUUAAUCAGUCAUCUUCCUCUCUCUCUAUAUAUAUAUAUGUAUUUAAUAAGUUUUACAGUAUCUUAAGCAUUCAUCUCUUUGUCCGUAAUGUGCGAAAGAGCGGGACAGACUGAUAGACAGAUGAUCAUAGACAUGUCUCACUAAUAGAUAUGACUAAACAAUCUCAAUGCUGCCACUCUCUCUCCUUCAUCUUUGUUUUGAUUGCCCUUAAACUUUUCCGGAUCACUUUUCCACAGAAAGUGAAAAAUUGUCACGUUUUUGUGCAUGGGGUUCCUUUAUGAAGGAAAAACAGGCCGCUCCUUUUUGCUCUGCCUUUGCGUCUCAACUGCGCUGCCCGGUAAAACAUCUCGACUGUGCUCUGUACAUUACGUGCCACAGAAAAGAGUUAAUUAGAUUGAGGAAGACGGAAGCAAAGAACGUUGAGCUCAUAUAGUGAUAAACACGACUGGUGGAAACUGAAGUCAUCAGGAAAAGAAGUCCGUGAGGAAAAGAACAGGAGGAAAGAAGAGGAGUAUAUAUAAAAGCAUACGCUACGCUGCUUUUCAUCUCCUCAUCUCCACGGCAACCGUGUUUCGCACAGACUUCUGGGAGGAGACCUGGCUGAGCUGUCGCCUGCGUUGGAGCGAGUGAGAGGAGAAAAGUUGCGGAGAAGAAAAAAAGCACCAAUGAAACAACAUUCCUUCAUGAUGUUCCAUCUCUCUCAACCCACAUCUUUUACUCUAUUUUAAUUCACGUAUUGCUGCCAGUGGUCUACAAGUUCAAUUUCCUACCAGCUUUAUUUAGACAUUCCAAAGCUUAAAUUACUCAUAAUUCAUUUUAUCAAAACACUUCCUCCUCAAGAUCAAGACCCCUCCAAAUUCUUUUGCACAGCUCAGUGGUCGUUAGCAGGAGACCACUCUCACCCCCAGGCUUCCCGAGUGUGACUUCCUGUGCUCACCGACCCUUCAUCCGAGGCUAUGAGAGGAGGAGUCGAUUGUCAGCUCACUCCAUCAUGCCAGUUGUGAAAAGCAGAGAGGAGAUCCGGGCUGGCAAUGUUCAAGGGACGGCAUUUACACUCCUCCGCAAUGCUUGUCAGCCGCCUCCCCCAAUCUCCCUCCAGUCUUCAGAACAUUCACCUUCUAUCCUCCUCCCGCCUCCAUCGCCCCCCUGCUUCAGCCCUAAAACAGACACUGUGUCACAAGAUCGCCCGGCCACGGCUGCUCCUGCUCUUCCUCAUCUUCUUACUGCUCCUACAGACCACCUGCGGGGCUCGGGGCAGAGGUGGAAGUCAAGGUUCUGGACCAGGAGGCACCCUAGGAGGACAAGGUGGACCGAGAGGAGGCGGCACCCAACGUGGCGGUGUUAUCACUCCUCAGUACUCUCCUGGGCCACAAGCGCUUCCUCCAAUCAGCCCCAAACUCAUCAGCUCCCUCAGCAUCGCUGUCAUCUUAGUAGGGAACUCUAGUGAAGUAGCCUUGGGGGCGGGACUUGAGAAAGAGGACUUCCUGCACAUUCCCUACCCCCCAAAGGUGGAGGUGGUGACCAUGAACGAGACCGACCCAAAGAGCAUCAUCAAUCGGAUCUGUACACAGAUGUCAAGGAACUCUCUGCAAGGUGUCGUUUUUGGCGACGACACAGACCAGGAGGCCAUCGCUCAGAUUCUGGACUUUAUCUCGGCCCAGACUCACAUUCCCAUUCUGGGCAUCCGUGGAGGCUCCUCCAUGGUCAUGGCGGCCAAGGACGACAACUCCAUGUUCUUCCAGUUCGGCCCGUCGAUUGAGCAGCAGGCCUCGGUCAUGUUGAAUAUAAUGCAGGAGUAUGACUGGUACAUCUUCUCCAUCGUCACUACAUACUACCCGGGCUACCAGGACUUUGUCAAUAAGGUCCGCAGUACCAUCGACAAUAGUUUUGUGGGCUGGGAGCUGGAGGAAGUCCUCCUGCUGGACAUGUCAGUAGAUGACGGUGACUCCAAAAUCCAGAACCAGCUGAAGAAACUGCAGAGUCCGGUCAUCCUGCUGUACUGCACAAAAGAGGAGGCCAGCACUAUCUUCGAGGUGGCCCAUUCUGUGGGGCUCACUGGUUACGGCUUCACAUGGAUCGUGCCCUCGUUGGUGGCCGGAGAUGCAGACCAUGUACCCUCUGUUUUCCCUAUAGGGCUGAUCUCUGUGUCAUACGACGAGUGGGAUUAUAACAUUGAGGCAAGGGUGCGUGAUGCAGUUGCCGUAAUUGCCACGGCGACCUCCACCAUGAUCUUGGAUAGGGGGCCUCACACCCUAAUGAAAUCCAGCUGCUUCGGCACACCUGACAAGAAGAACACCAACACUGGCCACUCCAAGGAAAUACUCAGGUACAUCAUGAAUGUGACGUUUGAAGGGCGGAACCUGUCAUUCAGCGAGGAGGGCCACCAGAUUUUCCCCAAACUGGUCAUCAUCCUGCUCGACAAGGACCGACAGUGGGACAGGGUGGGCAAGUGGGAGAAGGGCUCUCUGUCCAUGAACUACCACGUGUGGCCUCGCUUCGCAUUAUACCCGCCUGCUGCAGAGCACGAGGACCACCUGUCCAUCGUCACACUGGAGGAGGCGCCAUUUGUCAUUGUGGAGGAUGUGGACCCGCUCAGCGGCACCUGCAUGAGGAACACCGUGCCUUGUCGUAAACAACUCAAAUCCAUCAACCAGACGGGCGAUUCGGGCAUCUACAUCAAGCGCUGCUGUAAAGGUUUUUGCAUCGACAUCCUGAAGAAGAUCGCCAAGGCGGUGAAGUUCACGUACGACCUCUACCUGGUUACUAAUGGUAAACAUGGCAAGAAGGUGAACGGGACGUGGAAUGGCAUGGUUGGAGAGGUCGUGCUUAAAAAUGCUCACAUGGCUGUGGGCUCUCUUACCAUCAACGAGGAGAGGUCUGAGGUCAUCGACUUCUCCGUGCCAUUCAUUGAAACGGGAAUCAGCGUCAUGGUUUCCCGUAGCAACGGGACCGUGUCACCCUCUGCCUUCUUAGAGCCCUUCAGUGCUGACGUAUGGGUGAUGAUGUUUGUGAUGCUGCUGAUCGUGUCUGCCGUCGCUGUGUUCGUGUUUGAAUACUUCAGCCCUGUGGGUUACAAUCGCUGCCUGGCAGACGGAAGAGAGCCCGGCGGACCCUCCUUCACUAUCGGAAAGGCCAUCUGGCUUCUUUGGGGUCUGGUGUUCAACAACUCAGUUCCGGUGCAGAAUCCCAAAGGCACCACUAGCAAGAUCAUGGUGUCAGUGUGGGCCUUUUUUGCUGUCAUCUUCCUGGCUUCCUACACUGCCAACCUGGCAGCCUUCAUGAUCCAGGAGGAGUAUGUGGACCAGGUGUCGGGCCUUUCAGACAAAAAGUUCCAGAAGCCUAACGAGUUCUCGCCGCCGUUCCGCUUUGGCACCGUGCCCAAUGGGAGCACGGAGCGCAACAUCCGCAACAAUUACCGGGACAUGCACACCUACAUGACCAGCUUCCACCAGAAGAAUGUGGACGAGGCCCUGUACAGUCUCAAGACCGGCAAACUGGAUGCCUUCAUCUACGACGCAGCUGUGCUUAACUAUAUGGCGGGAAGGGAUGAGGGUUGCAAGCUGGUCACGAUUGGCAGUGGUAAGGUGUUUGCCUCCACUGGUUAUGGCAUCGCAAUCCAGAAAGAUUCGGGCUGGAAACGAGCUGUGGACCUUGCCAUCCUCAUGCUGUUUGGAGACGGUGAGAUGGAGGAGUUUGAGGCUUUAUGGCUGACAGGUAUCUGCCAUAAUGAGAAGAACGAGGUUAUGAGCAGUCAGCUGGAUGUGGACAACAUGGCUGGGGUCUUCUACAUGCUUGGGGCUGCCAUGAUUCUGUCACUUAUCACCUUCAUCUGUGAACAUUUGUUCUACUGGCAGCUGCGCUUCUGCUUCAUGGGCGUGUGUUCCGGAAAGCCUGGGGUCACCUUCUCUAUUAGCAGGGGUAUCUAUAGCUGCAUACAUGGAGUGCAAAUUGAGGAAAACAAAUCAACCAUAGACUCUCCUUCAUCAAGCAUAAAGAAGAACAUGAACAACACCCACUCGAACAUCUUGCGGUUGCUCCGUACUGCCAAAGACAUGACUGCAGUGCCAGGCAUUAAUGGCUCGCCACACGCGGCCCUGGAAUACAACCACGGGGGUCGUGACUCGGCCAUCUAUGACAUUCAGGAGCACCGCCGCAGCCUUGUCGGGCACCCUUCAGACUGCAAGUCAGCACCACCCUACAUACAAGAGGACAACAUGUUCACUGAUUACAUUGGCGAGGUGGAGAGGACUUUUGGGAACUUGCCCCUGAAGGAUAACAACUUGUACCAGGAUCAUUAUCGGCACCAUCACCCAGUCCCUGCUUUGGGUAUGUCCGGACCCCCCCCUAAUAGGCCACGUAGCUUAGGCAGUGCAAGCUCAUUGGAAGGUGGCAUGUUCGAUUGCGAAAGUUUAGGGGGAGGAGUAGCACCCAUUUUCACCACUCAACCCCGCCCCUCCAUGACUCACAGGAAUACCAAUAAGUUUGACUUGAUUGCAGGUCACCCCUCCGCAGAUUCCAACAAAGUUGGGUUCAAGGCAAACAAUGUCUAUGGAAGGUUUUCAUUCAAAGGAGGCGCAUCCAGUACGGGGCUCAUUGGGGGUCAUGAGCGGUACUGUGGGGGAGGUGUGGGUGGGGGAGGCACAGGGGGUGAAGACGGAAAUAUUCGCUCUGAUGUGUCGGAUAUCUCCACUCAUACUGUAACCUACGGCAACCUGGAGGGCAACGCCAAGAGGCACAAACAGUACAGGGACAGCCUGAAAAAGAGGCCCGCCUCUGCCAAGUGCAGACGGGAGCAAGACGAGCUAGAGUUGAGCGGCUUCAGGAGGAGACCCCACCACCACACCGUCCAUCACCACUUCCCUCAUGGGCCCCUGGCACACCGCACCAUCUCACCUCCCCUGGAGCGGAAGCGAGGAGGGGGUAACACUUCACCUUACGUAUUCCGUAAAGACAAAGAGAACUUGAGGGAAUUUUAUGCAGGUCAGUUCCGCUCUCAGGAGAGCAAGUGGGAGCAAGAGGGUGGAAGUGGAGGAAGUGGUGUGGGCGUCGGUAGCGGUGGUGGUAUCUGUAAAAGCUUAGUUCCUGUGGAAGACUUUCUCAAAGGUAAAAUCAAGAAGCAGGAGUCAAAAGGCGGGCUUGGCUCAGUGUCGGCAGGUCAACAGGCCCACACAUGCUGGGAAAAAGGGGUUUCUGGACUAGGAGGUGGUGGCAUUGCAGGAGGUGAUUGGGAGUGUCGUAACUGCCACAGUGUAUGUCACCACAGUGGAGGGGUAGGAAGCUCGUGCCCAGCUACUGGAAUUGCCAGUAUUCGCCCUAGCUCUGCCAGCUGCAAACGCUGUGACUCGUGCAAGAUUCAGCCGAGCAACCUGUACAACAUCAGCGAAGAUAACAACACAGUGUUUGCUGCAGGGAAAAGUAACAUGGGAGCAGGCCAAACGCCAACUCAGAGUAGGAAGCUGGGGCCGGGUGGGCGGGUCUUACGAAGGCAGCAUUCUUAUGACACAUUCGUAGACCUGCAAAGGGAGGGUUCAGGUCGCAUCGGAGGGGGCGGCGGGGGAAUGGGGGGGCAAUUUGCCCAGCCCCGAAGUGUGAGCCUUAAAGACAAAGACCGUUACAUGGAGGGCCCCAGUCCUUAUGCUCAGAUGUUUGAGAGGUAUGCAGGCGAGAGAGACACUUCCAUGUUUGCGGGAACACUCGGAGACAGGGCUAAAACAGGCUCCUCCUUUAGUUUGUUUCGCGGCGGCGAAGGUGGGUUGCAUCGGCGGUCUGUGGGUGAGCGAGACCUUAGAGACAGGGACAGGGCUAUGAUGGGAGGCGGGAGCGGUAGUCAUGGCAGAGGCGCCGGGACUUACUCCUUGUCUAAAUCUCUCUACCCAGAUAAGGUGAACCAGAACCCCUUCAUCCCAACCUUCGGCGAUGACCAGUGUCUUUUACAUGGUGCCAAACCGUACUACAUCAAAAAGCCACAGACGCAGCAACAGCAGCAGCAGCAGCUACUCAACAACAGCCGAGGAGGAGGGGACUUCCGGGGCUCCAUGGGGGCGACUUCUUAUUUGCCUGCAUCAGCCACAGCUGGGGUGAUGUCCAAUGUAGCCCCCAGGUUCACAAAAGAUCUGUGUCUAGGCGGAGUGGGCGGUCCAAUGGGUAACCAUCUCACAGCCAACAAGCUAAUGCCCGGGGGACGGGAUACGUUAGGUUUGGGGCAAAGACCCUUCAAUGGUGCCAAUGGACAUGUCUAUGAAAAGCUCUCCAGCAUAGAGUCAGAUGUCUGAGGUAGAGAAGAGAGAGAAAGUGGGUCGAGACAAAUGAGGAAAACAGGAAAAACAUGGAGUGAAUUUUUUAAAAAAGUGCAAUGCAACGUCCUCUUUUUGAGAAGAGAAUCUAACAACGCAAGUGGGUUUUGUUCUAGUGCCACUCAACGCAACAAUCCAGACAGUGGCUGGUCAAAGCCAAACUGUGGUCGAGUCCCAUGGACAGCAAGUUUUCAAGGACAAAGAUUGUGGUGCUGGAAAGUAGGUAGGGAUAGACAGACGGAUGAAGAGGAUAUGCCCUGCGCUCUUUAUAAGAUCAUUGUUCCAAAACACCAUUUUUCUUUCACAACAGUAUUACAAUCAUGAAUGAGAAAUCAACACUGCUGAAAUAACAGGGUAUAUUAACAAUAAUUGUACCAAUAGUGUUAAUAUUGUUACUGCAUAUUACUUAAGUGUUUCAGGAUGGUUUUGUUUUUCAAUUUUAUUGAUUUAAGUAGUGUUUGUACGAUGUUGAUUGUUUCUUUGCUUACCAACUUUGCAGGAGACUUGUGGAACACUUUGAAUAUUUGGGGAGCUCCUGUAAUUUUGGAAUCUUCUUUGCAAUGAAUUAUUUCUUCAUAUUUGAUUGAUUUAUUAACUUAUUUAUUUACUUUUCAAAAGUUGAGUAUUGUGACGUGUAUGUGACAAAAAGGCAUGAUUUGCUAAGUACAAUGUACUUAUUGGCUUACUUUUUUCAGCAGUGAAAGUCCAGAUCAUAAUACUGAUUUGUCCUUCCUUUUCGUUUCUUUCAUUCUGCUCAGCAGCACCUAAACGGUCUCAUAUUGUGAGCUGGAUGUGCCUUAAAAGAUUAACAUUGUGUCACCUCCAGACAAUUGGUUCCAUAAUUUGAGGGCAAAAAUCUGUUGAAACUUUAACCACAGCAGUCUCACGUGAAAGAAAUUUGGGAUAAUGACAACUUUCAAGCAGUGUACCUGAAACUAAGAUGUCAAAUGUUGUUUUGUAAAGACAAACUGAGAAAACGUUGUAAUACAAAAAUGCAUUUUCAAACGAACUCUCCAAAAGUAGUCCAGUAGUUUCGGUGCACACCAAUAUGAGUGAACAUUCCUUUCUACCGCAAAAACCAACACUGUUAUUUGAAUAUGUUAUGCCCAUUAGAUUUUAGCAAAACUGAUAAGCUGCUUAAUGGUUUCUUUUAUUUUCAUGGACCCUGAAACUUUCAGGACCAAAUACACUGACUGAACAGCUCUGUGUGUUUUCUUUUUUUCCCCUUCAGUGCUUUUUAUUAUGUUUUAAUUUCCAAAGCAACAUGAGAUGAAUUGUGAUAUACAAGUAAUAUCAUAUAAUAUCCCCAAAAGGAUGUGCCCUAAACUAAGGCCUUCCCCCAAAAGAUAUCUUCCUCCAAUUUAUGAUUUACUUCACAAAAUUUUGUGUAGUAUUGCUUGCUGGUUCCAUGUUUGUGUCAUCUUUUUUUCAUUCAUAUUGCACUUCCUUAGUGUGCCUGAAUGAAACAACUUUGCAAAUGUUCUACAUUCCUAAUUAUCUGUAUCCCUCAACAACAACAACAAACCAAGCCAAAUUUUUACUUUGUGUAGUUUUUACUGCACGCCAUAUGACAAUUGAGCACAAUCUUAUUUUACUUGGUUGACAAGUCAGUAUGUAUGAUAAGAAGCAUUUGCAUGUAUACAAUUUUCUUUCUUUAUGCUUUUACAAUUUUAGCUUUUCGCCAUUCAACUGGGUGUUUUUUGAAAUCUGCAUACAUUUUAGAAAUAUCAUUGGGACUAAUCAGUGUUAGUAUAUGUGUGUGUGCAUAUGUGUGCUUGUCCUCAUAAGAGAAAACACAAUCUAAUGCACCAAAUCCCCAAAUUGAUUACUGCCAAGUCAUCAAAACAUUCAAUUUUCUGCAAAAAUUAUAAUUAAUUGUGUUGGCUAAAUGUUCUUGGUCAGGUUGGAGGUUUUGCUCACAGUCACUAACAAGCCUUUUACAUUCUUUUCUUCUUUUUUGUAAAAACAAAACAGUAUCUCAGUACAUGAUUUCUGUUGUCGUAUGUGCCUGAAUUUGUACGCUUGAUUACCUCUGUGUGUGCAAAGCACAGCGCGAGUGAGGAAUACACAAUUCUUUUAUAUGUACUAUAGAAUUCCAUGUAAAUAGAGGCACUCAUGGAUUUUUUUAUUAAAAAAAGAAACUGUACAAAAUGGCAGAGAAAAAGGUCUAUUUAGGAUAAGUCUUUAAUUCGUAGGUGCCCCUUGCAAAAAUAUUUUCUAACUACUUCAGGACACAUUAUGUGCAAUGGUUUAUAAUGAUACAGAAAGUGACACUUUGCGCAAAUUGUUUAGAUCUGAUCCAAGAGAGAUAGUGGUUUCUGAAGGAGAAAGCCUGCACCAACUGGUCCAUGGGAAGCACAAUGUUGUUCCUCUUUUUUUCCUCUUCUGUUUGGGCCUCAGACGAUCAAACACCAACAUAGAGCUGUACAGAUUGUGAAAAAUGUACAUACGACUCUAAACCUUGUUCACCCUCACUUUUUUGUAUGCAGAUUAUUUACUUGUGUGAAGAAAGUAUUUCAGAUUUGAUGGAAUAUUUAUUUGAACAAUGGGAUUAAAACACACGGUCGAUGUGCAAAUAAGUGCUGAGAAAUUAUUAUUAUUCUGUCUCUUUGGAAUAAAAGUGUUGAGUAUUAAUAAAAAAUGUGAAAUCUCACACAUGCUUGUCUUAUUUUAACUUAAUUUUGGUUAACAGGAUUAAUGCUACUUAAUUUGGGUCUCCAAUGGAAAUCCAAGUCAUUGUAGCGAGACAAGUUAAUAAUUUAAAAACCAAACUACCGU